AAGAACUCAAUGGCACUCCCUCUCGCCUAGAUUCGGAAAGGCUUGGAUGGUCCAGGUUAGCAGCAAGCAGUUGCUACGAUGUUAUCCCCAUCUCUGCGGCGGGGAGCACCUCUUCCCUUCGGCUUUGUAGCCGAUGUCCUCUUUCACAUCAUUAUCAGCGGCGAGGUGAACACGAUACUGAGCCUCUGUCGGCUGAAUAAGGCCACCUAUGAGACCAUCAAGAUCCUCGAGCCGCAUAUCUGUACCUGGUUUAUGCGAUGCCACGGCAUUGACGCCUUCGAUCCCAUCCUCACCAUGAGCCCGUGGACUGGGGAGCAGACCCCGUUGACGAUUCACACUCUGGUCCGGUUUCUCCAUCGACAUAACAUCGCCCGAGACUUAUCGCGACAUCUUGUGCCCUCCGUAUGGGGCCCCUUCUGCGAGGAAGACAGCACGGAGAUGAAUUUCGAGGCAGAAUUACGGCUGGCGCAACGGCUGGAACGGGGCUUACACGUUCUGUUUCAUAUGGCCGAUAUUGCGCGGGAUACGGAGAGGCUCAUGCCGCCGAAGAAACCCCUGGCGCCAGUGGUCAGCGGGCGGCUGUUUGUUCUGGGCAAGAUGCUGGACGAGUACGACGAGCUUCCGCCGCAGAGACGAAAGAUGAUGACCUUCGAAGAAUACACCAACCAUGUGUACACCGUGUUGAAAUGGGGCUAUGUGGAAGCCGACGUGGGCAGACGCCGACUUGAAUUCCGCGGCUGGCUCGACGAGCAGACCGAGAUCGACUUCCACGCGGCGCUGCGGAUGUUGCGGGAGCUGAUGGAACGCAUGCUCCUCCGCCACGGCCCGAAGGACUGGCACCGGGACGCACGGAACGAAUACAGCGUCAUCUCGUGGUUCAUCCUGAAGCAACCUCCGCGGUCCCUGGCGAAGUUGUUCCUGGAUCCGCAGAACGAAUGCUGUGAGCUGGACGUGAAAGGUGCGGAUUGCGGAGCCGUCAGGAAGUGCCAUUUCUCCGACCCGCUGGAUAAUUACUGGAAAGCGUGGAAGAAUGUCCCCGACCUCGGCUGCCAGGACUGUGACUGCAAGCGGCGCGUCCGCAGCUGGAGCGUGAAACCGGCCCUGAUCGAUGCCCGAGGACGGGAGUUCAACCGCUGUGCGGAGCGAUACCUGAGGGAGAUGUGGGGCCAGCGCCACGUUGGCCUCCAUCGUGCUUUCACUCUGGGGGUUUUCAGUGCGGUAAUAGGGUAGCAGGAGUUCACAUGUUUGGUAUGGUUUGUGCGAUAGACCUGGUGUCAGGUAGCAAGAAUGCCAC